AUGGAAAAUCCCAAAAUAAAGGAUUUCAACAUUGUUGUUCUAUUGAGUUAUUGCAAACUUAAAUCAUUAUUGGUGGCUUUCUCAGAUUUUAUUUGUGAAUGGAAAUGUGAGAAGAAAUCUGAAUCAUCGAGAUUAAAAUUCCUCUUCAACAUUGCAGUUGAAUUGAAUGAUCUGCCAAGAGAGUUUCGUUUGGUGUUGGCAAUCAAGGAACAAAAAAACACAAAAUUAAUGGGAAACAAAGAAAAAGAAGAUGGAGCAUAA